AUGCCAUCCCAGCAAGGUUGCAGUGUUGUUAUUGCCUCUCGUAAAUUUGACCGAUUAAAAGCUGCUGCAGAAGAACUGAAUAAUAAAUUUUCUUCCAUGAUUCCUGCCAGAGUGACUCCCAUGCAGUGCAAUAUCCGCAAAGAAGAUGAGGUAGAAGCUUUGGUGAAGUCUACACUGAGUCUGCACGGGAAGAUUGACUUCCUGGUGAAUAAUGGAGGGGGCCAGUUCGCAAGUCUUUCUGAAGCCAUCCGUGCAAAAGGCUGGAAUGCUGUGAUAGACACGAAUCUGACAGGGACCUUCUACUGCUGCAAAGCAGUGUACAAUGCCUGGAUGCAGGAACAUGGAGGAGUCAUUGUCAACAUUACUGCUGCCGUGAGAAAUGGGUUUCCUGGAAUGUCGCAUACAGGAGCUGCAAGAGCUGCAGUGAAUAACCUAACCAAGAGUUUAGCUUUAGAAUGGGCCCACAGUGGAGUAAGAAUCAACAGCGUUGCUCCUGGAAUAGUAUUUUCAGAAACUGCUGUUGCAAACUAUGGAGAACAAGGUACAAUGCUGUGGUUAAAGAGCAUACCAAAGGUUCCUGCGAAGAGGUCAGCGGUUCCUGAGGAGAUCUCUCCUGCAGUGUGUUUCCUACUAUCUCCAGCUGCUUCUUACAUAACUGGGAUAACCAUGGUCGUGGAUGGUGGCCAAAGUUUGUAUAGCCAUACCCUAGAAAUACCCGAUCACGACAGAUGGCCCUCACCACCAGAAGGAAAAAAUACUGAAAUGCUUAAAAAGCUUCUUUCUGGCAAGUUCAAGCCAAAGCUGUAAAAGAAUGAGAUUUCACCUUACUCCCAGUUGCACUCUUGCUGAUAAUCUCGCUUUGUGAUUUGGGCUUAUUAUUCUCAGUAAUAUAUUUUUUUUGCUCAUAUGUAACUACAUUGAGUGCCUUGAUUUUUGUUCGUUUAUAUAUUUAAAACUUGAAAGGCUGUACAUAGUAAAUUUCUUCUCUGAAAACACUCACUGCCCUGAAAACAUUCAGUCUUUUGGGAAGGGAAGGUAUAAAAGACAAAUUCUCCAUUUGCACAGGGAUUAAGUAAUGAAGAAUCUCAGUCAGAAGUGAAUAAAAAAAAUACUUAUUCUGAAGUGAAGGGGGCAGAGAGGGAAUGUUUCGGAAUCCUUCUGUUCUGGAUGAAUUUGGGGAGAAGGUAAUUUAAAUCUCUGUUAUCAUUAGUUGCAUCAGUAACCCUUGAGGUAGCUGUUAACGCUACACUAUUUCUGUUCAGCCACACACUGAAUGUUCAACAAUGAUUUUAAAGACUAAGUAGAGUAGGUAUUUCUCUGAAAAGAAUUAAAAAUAAGGCAGAAUACUGUUAUUAAUGUUUCAAACUAAUAUGGCAUGUCAUAUUUGGAAUGUUUCGAGUUGUUUACAGAUAUAACGACAUAAUGGAGUUAAGCUGGCUGCAACUUAAAUUUGAUCAUAGAAUAAUCAGAUAAUAAACUUAAGAUUUAACAUAUGGUGAUGGAAAACAGUAUAGAUUCAACAAUUUAGCAUGCAAAAUCUUGAAGCAAAAGCUGUGGUGUAUAUUGUGGUGCUUUCUGCAAUGUGCUAUACUGUUAAAGGAGAAACUGGGAAUCCUUCUUUUACCAAUUAAAAUGUUUUCUAUCCAUACUGUGUUGUCUUACAGUGUUAACACAAUUUUGUUCAUCAGUGUCUCUAAAAUAGGUGUGAUUUUUGUGAUCAAUGCAGAGAUUCCAUUUAAAAACCAGAAAUCUUGCAAUAUAUCUCUCAAAGAGGCUAUAUUUGUCAUUACUCACUUUUUUAAAUUCACUUUAAGGCAAGCGUUCCCAUGUCUGAUAACUUCAAUCAAAAUAUAAAAAAUAAGUGAUGACUGUGUUUGCUGUAACAACUGAAAUUUGUGGAAUCAAGUUGCUGCUGUAGAAGCGACCUCUUUAAUACUUCAUUUUGGAUUGAAUGUAAGAGUCUCUGCCAGUUGUUUGUUCUUUGCAAAGAUGUUUCACUUUUGUGUCUUUCAUUAAAAUAUGGGAACUUA